UUCCCUCGCAAAUGCGCACCACGCAACCACGCAACGAUCAUUGUCGAACACGAUCGACUGUCCAUCGAAGCGUCCAAGCACCGACUUUCCAACACAAACCAUUUUGCAAAGAUGUACUCGGAGCUUCUCGCGGCGGCCACCGUCGGCCUUCUGGGCGCUGUUACGCUCACGUACAAGCGCACGCACUCGCCGCCGUUGCGCGCCGCCAUUGCCUGUGCCUGCGGGCAGGUCCAAGGCCGCGUGGACGCGCCGGCUGCAACGCGCACGGUGUGCUAUUGCACCGACUGCAACACCUUUGCCACCAAAGUGUCCAAGACGAACGCACCGCCAUUGGACGCGAGCGGUGGCACCGAAAUCCUCCAGCUCUUCCCCGCCGACAUCACCUUUAGCCACGGCGCCGAGCACCUAAAGGCCGGUAUUCUAUCGGCCGAAACAGCAACCCUCCGCGUCUUUGCGUCGUGCUGCGGUACGCCCAUGUACAACACGAUGCAAGGAGCAGCGUUCGCCGGUCUUCUCGCGUCCGUGCUCCAAGACAAGGCGAUGCCGCUACCCCCGAUUCAAUUUCGCAUCUUUGCGCGGUCGGCGACAGGGCCGGUCCCAGACGCACCAGCGGCCGCGCGUGUGGUCUCGGUGCGCUUCGUUCUCAACUUUAUGGUACGCUCAGCCGUGUACCGCUGCCGUGCAUCACCCGCACCGGUCGAGUUGACGCCCCGCGUUCUCUUGUGAGCAGUCUAACGAACGAGGAUCGUCCAGACGACUUUUCCACAACUGGACGUGAAGUUUGUUCGCAUUGUCAGUAAUAUUACUUGCUCCCACAGCAUUAUUCAUAAACAAUUGGUUAAAUGCUA